AUGCCGGGCAUCUACUCCGGCCUGACUUACCUCAUCAGCACUUGGUUCCCCCGGCGCGAACAGCAGCUCCGAUUCGUCCUCCUGCAGUCGGGUGGUGUCCUCGGCCUCACAACGGCAAACAUCGUCAGUUUCGGUCUCAAUCACUUAGACGGCGUCGCCAGUCUGGAUGGUCGCGCAGAUAUGAUACUCAAGCUAUUCUCAUGGAGUGCGCUGCUUUCUAUCUUUGCCGAUACCAAGAUCCAUGGAUUUGCAGUGAUGUUCUUCCUGCUCAAUCUUGUUUCGACCGCCCUCUUUCUAACAAAUAGCUUCAUAAUGUUUGGCCUUUCACAAUCGACACAAGUCACCGUGCGAUACAUAGUCACCUUCCUAUCUACAGGCGCCUACGUCUCAAACUGGGCUGCACUUAAUGCGUUCUAG